AUGUUCUUUUCCUCAAGCUCCAGGCCGUACAGACCAUUGAGUCUGACACCACAAGAAGUCAUCGACUCUGAGAAUGAUGACGACCACAAAGCAAAGCUGCAUAAGACUUCGCGAGCUGUGCUCCAUUGGCCUCUUGUCGUCGUAAUCCUCUGCACCUUCAUCAAUCUGUUGCUGGUCUCUACCCCUGCUUUUCUCCAAGGCUCUUCAGUGUCUCCAGACGAACUCAUCACUCGAAAGAAUGUCCACCUUCUUCGUCGUCCUUCUCAAUAUAUACGAUUUGACGAGAUUGAACGGACGUCGCCUCCUAUUCUGAGAGAGUUCACAAAUUUCCCCAUGUCUGUUAGUUUGGUGGAUCAUUCUGCGCCAAGUCAUGUUUUCAAUGACUAUCUUGCGAUGCGCACGACACGUACUGGCACAAUCUCACCUGAUGACCGCAAAGUACAUGUUACACAAACUGUUUCAACGAUAUUUCAAUUCAGGGCGAUUGACUGGGGCAUGGAAAUUUGCGAAUUGCACGUUGCACUUCCGCCUGUGGACCGAUCAACUACACUUGAAUUAUACCGUCUUAAUGCCACUGUACCGGUUGAUAUUUCAACCCUGUCGUUUAACGUCCGACCGCCGCGAGUCGCGAAACUUGGUAACAUAAUGCCAGGGAAAGACAGCUUGGACUGGCACAGAAAACUUUCUUGUGCGAUGGACGACGUCCUUGUUUUUGAGUUAGCAUGUUCGGAGGACGAACCAAGCGGUAGCUGCGAUAUACGAUGGUGGCAGUCUCACGAGAAGACUGCACCUGGUCAGUACUUCAUUACUCUCCAUGAGAUUCGCUGACAGCAUAACUGGACCUCUAGCUGUUUAUAUGAUCCAGCGCUCUACUGCAUAAUUUUCCUCGGAUUUUGGACAUCGAGACGAACCAUUUGGUUUAUUUAACAGGUUUCGGCAUCCGGUUACAAUCCUAUGCAAUUCCACUUGCUAUCAGUCAUCUUACUCGUGUACUAUCCCUUGCGGUGCAAUCGGCACCCCACAGAGGUCGGCAGUCACGCAGACGUCACUGUAAGUCAUAUCAUGCGUUUCAUAAGUCAUCUCAGCAGUCAAGCAAGAGCGCAAGUUCAGUUAGUAUUCGGCGUGACUGAGCAAAUACAGCAUUUACUAGUAGACAUGUUUAAGUACGAGGCUGACCAUUAGUGCUGUAGUUGUAAAACUGAGGCGAUGUAUAGCGAGACCAUGUAUAUUAUAUGGAUGAGGUUAUCUAUGCAAGUUCGAUGAUGAUUAGCCCCAAUUGCAAUUAUCAGCCUGAAUGCAUGAUGUAUUUAUGUAGGGUCGGACGAAC